CACAUGCAUAAGGAGGGAGUCAGAAGCGCAGCAGAGACAGAGCGUGUGUGUGCGUGUGUGUGUGUGCAUGUAUGUGUGAAAACACUGCGCAUGUGUGACAGUGAGGCGCACUGACCGAAGCAGACGGUGGAGGAGAAGGAGCAGUAAUGAAUGGCAGCUGAGAGGUAACAGCAGAGAGGGGAAGAAGGAGAAGAGAGGUUUACCUGAAGACCCAGAAGAAGAGGCAGGCAGACAGAAAAGAAGAAAGAAAAGAUCUUCUGGUGAGAGAUCAAAAACCUCUGGUUGCCGCAUAGACUAAACUGAAUCAUUUGCGAGAAGAAGCAGGGAAAAGGGGGAUGGAGAAAGAGGUACCAGAGGGUGACGCUCAGCCACAGCUUGAAGAAGAAAGAGCAAGGCUGGAUGAGUGAAGGACGAGGGUAACAGAGAGGAUAAGCGAAGGGGAAAGAAGGAUGAGGAUGGCAAUGAAAGCAGCCUGAUGUAUCCACCUUGCAACAGCCUCCUCCAUCUUACAUCUCCUCCAUGUUGUUGAUGCCUCUAGAAUAAAACAGCUAGGAGUAAGCAUCCUACCCCCCGAUGAGACGUCCCCUGGACAAAGAGGCAAGAGGUUUAUCAUCACAAAACAGCAUUGGAGAGCAGCAGCGAGAAGAAAGCAAGAAAAGACGGAAACAAGACAAGUCCGCAGACACCCAGGUAAAUGGACCAAAGAUAUCCUGAAGAAAGUCACGGAUUUGAGAAGAUAAGAAGAGAAGACAAGCACAGAGGCAUCCAUUUAACUGCUAUUACUCCCUCUGCCUAGUUUUGAAGACCGUCUGAAACUAAAUAAAAAAGAUAUAUAAAACACACUUCACUCCCACAUCUGAGGAAUUCAAGGAGUCUUUGGAGAAGACUUUGCACCACCGGUCUUGAGCCUUCUCAGUCGGCUCCUAAAAAAGACCUCCUCCCUUCUUAUCAACAAGCCAAGGAAACGGGUCACACAAGGUCUCCUGACUAAACUGGACCAAAAGGAGAGGGAAAUACUGAAGAGUAUUCGAUCUUUCUCACACUUUAAAGUCAAUAAAGAACACAGCCACAGCCAAAAACAGGAAGUUAAGUGGUUGUUUGGGUGAGUAACACCCAGGCAGAGUACCAGAUAUAGUCUCAGACAACACCUCUUGGACCUUUCUUAACUGCCUGUAAUCAGCUCUAUCACACUUUGUGAAUUCAGAAAUCCAACAACCUGUACUGUAUGUAUAUAUGUGAACAUUUGUGUGCACACCAGAGUAUACUUAUUUAUAUGAGAGAGAACAUAUCUUAGUGCUAAAGUAUUACAGACCCCUGUGUGCUCUGUGGAUUGCCAUCAGAGAGAGCACAGGUGCAUCAACAUAAGUAAGUUAAAAUAAAAAAUUACCUUCAAAUUGUCAACACUGAUAGUGUAAACUGGACUGUCAAAUCAUCAGUAUAAAUUAGUUGUAACAGAAAAAGACCUAAAGACUGCAUUGCUCUGGCUGAGCUCUUUUAUCAGUUUCCCCCUCAUAAAGACUCAGGCUGACUGUGUUACCCACCGAAGGGAUUUUUGAAGGAAACAUGGAAGUAACCAUCCGUCCUCACGUCCCCUCUAAUGGCUGAUUUCAAAGGAGGAGUCUAAUCUUCCUGUGCAGAACUACACAGGGGUGUACAGUGCUGAUUAAAGCUACAGCCCCUCUCUUCACUUCCAAAAGAGCGCGAAUGUCCUGCCUCAGGCGUCAGCCCAUCACCAUCCCCAUGGACACCGUCAAGAUUAUCCAAUCGGAGAAGUUUCCCAGAGAGUGCCCUGUGCCCGUCACCCAGCCCCGCUAUGCCCCGCCACCUAGAGUGGCAUGGGAUGGCGGCGGUGAAGGUGAAAUUAUUGUCAAUCAGGCCUGCAGCGACCUGACACUGGACAUAGCGGGGACUCCCAGGCCGAUGGUGUCGCCUCCAGCCCCCAUGACGCGCAGGGAGCAGAACUUCCUGGCGCAGCGCAAAACCAGUGCCAAUGAAAUCUGCUACCACCAGUUCCAUUACAAGAUGGAAGACGUCAUAGUCAACCAAUAUGUGCUGCGCUCCUCCUCCACCUCCUCCUCCACUUCUUCAUCCUCCUCCUCGGGGCCUGUCAUGCCCUGCGAGCCCUUGGACUGCCCCACCUGUGGUCACACGUAUAACUUUGCUGGAAAGCGUCCACGCAUCCUCUCCUGCCUGCACUCGGUGUGUGAGGAGUGCCUGCAGAUCCUCUACGAAUCCUGUCCCAAGUACAAGUUCAUCUCUUGCCCCACAUGCCGGCGUGAGACGGUGCUGUUCACUGACUAUGGCCUGGCUGCUCUGGCCAUCAACACCAGCAUUCUGAGCCGCUUGCCCUCUGACCCCAACGGGCCUGUGCAGUGGGGCGGGGACGCCGAUCGCAGCUGCUAUCAGACUGUGCGUCAAUACUGCCAGUCAGCCUGCACCUGCCAGAUCGCCAACCCCUUGUCCUCCUGUGGCAUCAUGUAGACAAGGGGGGCCAUUGCAGGCAUGACUCGAUGCUGCUCCCCACCACCACCACUGUUCUCGUCUAUAAGCUAAACCUUUUCUGCCAACUCCCUCCUCUCACACAUACAGUAAAUAAAUCCUUCCAUAGAUGUUAUCUCUCUAUAUUUAAUAGCACAGAUGGAUGCUGUGUGGGACUAAUGGAUGCUGGUGGUUCAGUAUAUAGUAAAUAAAUGUAUUUUAUGUAUGGACUGGAAACCUAUUCACCCUCUCUCGUUUGGUUGGAUGUGUUUGUCAUGACAUCUCUUUACAUGGGAAUGCCAGGGGAGGUCUGUCUCCCCCACCCAACCUAGGUGAAUAAAGAUUAAAUAAAUCAAACAAGAA